AUGUUCUCAGUCGAAUCAGCAAGGCACAAAGACCUUUUGAAUAAUACUUCGGAUAUUGGCUCAAUGAUUGCCCCUCCCGCCUCGAUCCCGAAAUUCCCUUCGCCUCAACGCCAACAACAUCAACAUCAACAACCAAACUUCGACCUCAACGCGUUUGAUAUCAGACAUGCCGGAUUAAAAGAAACAGAGCUUUCCCUUGUCAGUAAGCGUCAAACAAGACGUCCAGGAGGCUCUCUCGCAUCCGCCGCGUCCCAACAUCUUAAAAACACCAGACCAAGCUCCCCAGUAAUGUCCAGUUUUUCCAACCCUUCGCGUGUUAACUCAAUGUCCUCUGCCUCCAGCGGCAGUGGGGGGAAUAACUCACCCUUGAACCCAAAAUCCAGUCCUAGAUCUAGCGCUACUGCUCAUAGCCCUCCAAUUAAUGGUGCCCCCCAUGGGUUUUUCCCACCAAGAGCUCGUGGUGUACACCCAGGAUCCCCUAAAAGUCCUCAACCUCCAAACCCUCCUAGAAUGCUGAGUAUUGAUAUCAUCGCUAUGGAAGAGAAAAUCAAAGAAUUACAAAGCGAACUUAAUGAUAAAGACGAACAAAUUAGAAAAUCUUUAUCCGUGAGAUCUAGUAAUAAUCCAAUGAUGGAUGAAAAAAUCAUGAAACAAUACGCUUCACUCGAGCAAGAAAACCAAUUUUUGAGUGGCGAACUCAACUCCAAGAAUAAAGAAUUGGUAACGAGAAUCAAAGAACUACAACAAAAAAAUGAAAUAAUAAAAGAAAUGGAAACUUAUACCAAUGAACAAUACGAGAAAAUUAACCAAUAUGAAGAAGAAAUUUCACGGCUUCAACAAGAUGCAUUGACAGCUGCUGAUCAAGAAAGUUCACCAACAGUGGAUCCGGAAACUGAACAAAAGCUCAAAUUUUACGAGACAGAAGUCCUGAACCAUAAAAAUCUUGUACUACAAUACCAACAGAAAUUGGAAGAAAUGAAUCAAAAUCUUGUCAAGCAGCGUUACAAUAUCAAGUUUGAAUAUGAUGCCAUCAUUGAAAACAAGAUGAACGCCAAUCAAAAAUUAAAGAAGGAGAUACUGGCGCUCGAAGAACAAGUUUCUGCAUUGGAAUUGCAGACCACAAAUUUGGAUGCCGAGACCGAAGCGAAAACAGAGUAUCUUCGUAAUGAAUCACACGAGGGUUUCUCAUUCUUUAUUGAUUUCCUCAAAGAUUCCGUGCUUUAUAUUCCUCCUCAAUUGCUCAAAGAAAAAUUGGCAAUUGCCCAAGCGAAUCCUGCUUUGAUAAACAUCAAUGCCAAUUACGAUAACCAACUUAACGACUUGUUGACCCCAACGGAAAUUUUUGCAUCUUCUCCUGAUUUGCUCAAUGAGAGCACUGAGACCAGUCCAUCGGUGUUUUCCGAUGUUCCAGCGACCUAUACUCACCAAAAUAAUAGUUAUUCAACAUCGAUUUCUAGAAGCUCAUCAUUAUACUCUAAAUCAAAAGAAGUUGCCUCAAAAAGUGUUGCCACCACCCCGGAAAAAUCCCUGGCGUCAUUAUCUAAAGAAGCCGAGACUCCUCCAUCAUCAUCUUCUUCAGAUCAAUUGAAUAUUGAAGAUAUUUCUGCGAAUGACGAAGAAGAGGACGUAUUCCGUAAGGCCAUUAAUGUUCCAAAAGAGGCUUUGUUGAUGAAAGCAAUCCAAGAACUUCGUAUUGCUGCUGAGACUCGUGAAUAUCUUGCCGCUCAAAAGAUUCAGCAGUUUGCUGAUACUGCGGCAAAUGCCAGUUAUCUCGUGGCCAAGAUGUCGUACAACAAUGCCGCCCGUAGAGCGGAACAACACGAAAAAAAUAAACAACAUAAUACUCGACUUCUUGAGGUUGCUGAUGUCUUGGGAAGUAUUAUUGGUGAUAAUGACGCAAGUGGUGAAAUGGCUGGUAAUCAACUAUUAUUAUCGCCAAGUUUGGAGCAAGGAAUUUCCAACAACUCGAUGCAUGAAUUCCUUGGUACUAAGCCUUCUGUUACUCCGGCAGCUGAAGCUGUGGUUAAAGGUCCAAAAGUUGGAGGUUUGAGAUUAUUGAAUAUUGUGGCUCCACAAGAUACUAACAAUGAGAAUGUGAUUAGUGAACCAAUAGUCGAGGAGGAUGAGGUAUUAAUAUAA